AUGUCGGUCAUGGAUAAAGAUUUCGAAAAUCAUCUAGUAGGAGAAUGGUUUGAGGAAUUGCAGAAAACUUUGCCUUAUUUCAUGGAGUCCGGUUUGGAUCUAAUUAUAAUCAACACUAUCAAACAGGCUUGCGAAAUAUUCAGGCAAACCGACCAACGUGGAGAACCAGUAGAAGACCCCCUACUAUCAGUUAUAACAACAAUUUUCACUGUGAGUAAAUUCUUUGGAGGAGGACUAACUCUGGAUAUUGAAGCAGUCAGGACGUUUUUAAGAAAAAUAACGCACGUAAAUUAUAAUCCUAGAGCUAUUAAACAAGCGGAACGAGAUGUUCUGCAAGUUUUGCAAUUCAAAAUUCCAGUUAGGUACCACCAUAUUGGACGACUUCAAUGUGUUCUUUGA